UUUGCAAUCGGGCGAUAAACACCCAGAAGAAGAAGGAAUCAGCUGAUGUGCAGGGCUGUAAAUAGGAAACAUGUACAUUAAGAUAAAAUAUGAUUAUAUUAGAGCGACAUUAAAAUAACACAUUAGUUUGGUUAGGAAUUUUUUUUCUUUUAUAUAAUUUGAUGUAGUUUUAGCUUUUUGAUACAUUAAACGAGGAAGUUCCUUUUCGCUACUUGUCUAUUUAGUGUCCCACAUAGGCUGAUACAGUGCUGAGAUACAUAAACUACUAAGUGUACGUUAAGGUGUCCUGAUCUUUAGCAGGCAUAUUUGUUAUCAUGGCUUCUUCGUUUAAAGUCGGAGAGAGAUUUGAGGAGAAGGCGAGAGGUUUGCUGGAGGGAGAAUCUGUCAUGUCAGAAGAGCUGAAGGAAGAACUGAAGGCUCUGACAGAUCAGGCCAUCAUACCGUUCAAGACUGUGAGAAAACUACACCAGCUUCUUCAAGAAAACGGACAUCCACUGUAUCUUCAUGAACUGUUUGAGGACAGCACACUUCAUCUUCCGGAAGUCAUCAGACCUCCACGGAACCCCCAGCUGGUGGCCCGUCUAGAAAAAAUUCAAGCAAAACUUGCUAAUGAAGAAUAUAAGAGAAUAACACGGAAUGUAAAUCCACAGGAAAUGCAUCAUCAUGGAACUUUAGCAGAUUUUGGACGACAAGUGCGUUCCGUGAAGGCAGUUGUUGUUACUUUAUUGAACUUCCUGGUGACUGUUGUUGCUGCAUUUGCCUGUUCAUACCUGGGCAGCCAGUAUAUCUUCACAGAGACGACAGCAAGAGUAAUAGCUGCAGUGAUUGCAGCAUCUGUUGUCGGUCUUGCCGAGCUUUAUGUUCUGGUCCGGACUAUGGAGGGAGAGCUCGGAGAGCCCUAAUACCAACUAAAAUCAUCCAACAUUUCUGUAUUUUUUGUGUAUCAUCAAUGUUUUUCACUGUAGAGCUUCUUUUUUAAGUUUGCUUAGUGUCUCUCCAAAUCAAAACAGUGAGGUUGAGUGAUUAGUCUUGAUUUAAUAAAGGCUUUUACGAAGAAAUCCUUUAUACUGAAAUGUGUAAGAAUUAAUCAGAAAUUUUAGAAUUAAUCAACAGUUUAAUUAGACAAUUAAGUGGUUUUGGAAACCACUUCUUUGCUCUCAAGAAACUAGGAGGUACAUUAUGAUCACUGUUAUUCACAUCUAUGUUCAUAUUUAUUUGAAUGCCCUCUACAGGAGUGUUAUUCCUUAUUUUUAAGUUGUAACUAAGAAACAUUUGUUCUUUGAUGUUUAUUGUAAUUGUUACUGAUUCAAAAAAUGUAGUGUGGGAAAAUGCAUUUUUUUUCUUUUCUUUUUUUUUUUUUUUACAAGAAAAUAACAUUCAUAAAGCUAAGAUGAGUCAAAAGCAUUCAAAAAACAAAACAACAACAUUUAAAUCACACUUGCUGAUGGUGAUGAUCACUGUUAAGUUUAAACAGGGUUUACAGCAUUUCUGGUUACAAUGCAGAUCCAGUGCUUACUGUAUGUUUUGUACUGUACGUCUUGCACAUGAGCUGUGUAUCUGAGCUUCGGCAAAGCUACAGAAACAGUACAAAAAGACAACCAGAAAUGUGCAGCUCAAGGUGGCCUAUGAAACUCUUAAGCCCCUCAAAAAAAAAAAAAAAAAAAGACAAAACA